UUCGUCGAGUACUCGUUAACAAACUGUGCAGCAAAUGUUUGAUAUAUUCAAUAUUCUAUUAGGAGUCCUCUCAUAAAUAAAAUUCUUUAGUAAAUAAAAUAUAUAUUCGGCAAAACUCUUUUUCCUUUUAUCUUUUUCGUAUAUAUAGAAAGAAGCAGAAGCUCUCAACUUUUGCAUAAUUUCAUUAAUCCCCAAAUCCCCCCCGGGUGAAAAAAAAAAAAAACUCUGCAUAAUUUUGAACCCCAGAGAAAAAAGAGUCAGAAUUUCCGAAAUUAAUAAAUCCAUUCCAUCUCAGCUGAUCAAAGUGUUUGGCGUUGGAAAGGUUCAUCAUGUUUGCAACUGCAAUCAGGUAUAUUGGUAAGAAACCAAAACCAAAAAUGAAACAGAUAGAACUGAAAACCCCUCCGGAGCAAACGCAGACGAUCACGAGGGUUAUCUUCGACGUCUUGAAGGAACACGGCCCUCUAACCAUAGCAGACACAUGGGAGCAUGUUAAGGAAGUUGGGUUGAGAGGACUCUCGAGCAAAAGACACAUGAAAAUAGUUAUGAGAUGGAUGAGAGAGAGGCAGAAGCUAAGGUUAAUAUGCAACCAUGUUGGCCCUCACAAGCAAUUUCUAUACACUACAUGGUUCACAAAACCUGAUGUCAAGCCAACACAGCCGGAAACUAAGCCGGUGAGGCCGGGUAACAAUGACGCUUCAAGACCAAAGUCGUGAUCUUGUUACAAGAAGUAGGUUCAUGCCUCUCAAACACUUGAAAAUUUUGUCAUUUGUAUUAGUUGACGAGGGGAAAUUUGCAGUUGUCGUCUAAGCACACGCUUUGUGAUCUCGUUUUUGUGUAGUAGCCAUGUUUUUAAGUGAUUCUACCAUACAGGCCAACCUCGUUCUUGAGGAGUUAUACAUUUGUGUAUUGAUAAGAGCAUUUUCUAUCUUUCCC